AUGACAAACCAGCCGAGUGCUGGGGCCUCGGCCAACGCUCAAUCGGACGAGAAGGCGAGGGCCCUGCGGGCAUAUGUAGCCAAAGUCAAGGAACACAGAGAAUGGGCUGCUAGAGUCAAGAAACUGAGGGAGGAGACGAAACUUCAAUCAAAAAAGUAUGAAAAGACAGAAGAUGAUCUCAAGGCACUGCAGGGUGUUGGACAACUCAUUGGGGAGGUGCUGAGACAGCUAGACUCCGAAAAAUUUAUCGUGAAGACAUCAAGCGGACCCCGCUACGUUGUCGGCAGCAAACCCAAGCUCGACAAGUCGCUGCUUACUGCAGGGACUCGCGUUGCCUUGGACAUGACAACAUUAACAGUAAUGCGUCGGCUACAGCGGGAAGUAGAUCCAUUAGUAUUUAAUAUGUUACAUGAAGAUCCAGGGAAUGUACAUUAUUCAGAAGUUG